UGGCUGCCACAUUGCAUUCGUCGUCAGUCGAUUUUUCGCUCUUUUACCAACUUUGAAUAGUUCCUGUGCAAGAUGUCGUUCGAGGAAACAUCCGCUGACCGCAACGUCGAAAUAUGGAAGAUCAAGAAACUGAUCAAGAGUUUGGAGAUGGCCCGUGGCAAUGGCACCUCGAUGAUUUCACUUAUCAUUCCUCCCAAAGAUCAGAUUUCGCGAGUGAGCAAAAUGCUGGCAGACGAGUUCGGGACAGCGAGCAACAUCAAGUCGCGCGUCAAUCGACUUUCCGUGUUGGGCGCCAUCACAUCCGUGCAGCACAGACUCAAGUUGUACACAAAAGUGCCUCCGAACGGGUUGGUUAUCUACUGCGGCACGAUUGUCACGGAAGAGGGCAAGGAGAAGAAAGUCAAUAUCGAUUUCGAGCCAUUCAAACCGAUCAACACCUCAUUGUACUUGUGCGACAACAAAUUUCACACGGAAGCUCUCACCGCCUUGCUCGCGGACGACAAUAAAUUCGGUUUCAUCGUGAUGGAUGGUAACGGGGCACUUUUCGGAACGCUUCAGGGCAACACGCGCGAAGUCUUGCACAAAUUUACCGUCGAUCUGCCGAAGAAGCACGGGCGCGGCGGUCAAUCUGCGUUGCGUUUCGCGCGUCUCCGCAUGGAAAAACGUCACAAUUACGUAAGAAAAGUCGCCGAAGUCGCGACGCAACUUUUCAUUUCGAACGACAAACCCAACAUUGCGGGUCUCAUUUUGGCUGGUAGUGCGGAUUUCAAGACGGAACUCAGUCAAUCCGACAUGUUCGAUCCGCGUUUGCAGUCGAAAAUUAUCAAGUUGGUUGAUGUGUCAUACGGCGGCGAAAAUGGCUUCAAUCAAGCCAUCGAAUUGGCAGCAGAAUCCCUCGCCAAUGUCAAAUUCAUUCAAGAGAAGAAACUCAUUGGGCGGUAUUUCGAUGAAAUUUCUCAGGAUACGGGCAAAUACUGCUUCGGCGUGGAAGAUACGUUGCGUGCACUCGAACUGGGAUCCGUUGAGACAUUGAUUUGUUGGGAAAACUUGGACAUUCAACGGUACGUUUUGAAGAAUCACGCGAACGCUACCACGAACACAGUAUUACAUCUCACGCCGGAACAAGAAAAGGACAAGACGCACUUUACUGACAAGGAAACUGGCGUAGAAAUGGAAUUAAUUGAAUCACAACCCUUGCUUGAAUGGCUGGCAAACAACUACAAAAGUUUCGGUGCAACUUUAGAAAUUAUCACUGACAAAUCUCAAGAGGGAAGUCAAUUUGUGCGUGGAUUCGGAGGCAUUGGCGGUAUUUUGCGUUAUAAAGUGGAUUUCAACAGUUUCCAACUCGACGAUUUGGACAACGAAUGCUUUGAUUUAGAAGAUUAUUAAGCAACCAACAAAGAAUCUUUCAAAAACAAAACAUCAACUUCAGGCAAAAAACGCAUUAAAAAUUUAACAAACAAAAAUAGAAAUCCAAUAAAUUUUAAAUGAUAGUAGUUAAAAUUUUUCGGUACAUUCAUACAAUUAAAAAAAAAUAGAAACACACAAAAAAUUUUACUUUAAUAAGAAAAUUAUAUAUUAUACAACAACAACAAAAAAAUAGUUUAUAGAAAAAAAAUCAGUUCGGGCUUCAGAAAAAUCACAUCGAAUAAUGUCUAGUAGCAGAAAAGUUAUGCAGAGCCAUCAUCGCGUCGCGUUAAAUUAAAAAAAAAAUAAAUAAAAAGUUUUAUACCUAAAUAAUAUUAUGAUAAAAAAAUUUAUAUAUAUUAUAUAAAAAUAUAUAUAAUUCAAGCUCAAUCAUUUUAUUCAAAAAAAAAAAUUAUUUAUUAUGUUUUAUUGUUGAUUUUUUUUUAGUCUUACCUCAAGAAAAAAAAAUAGUUAAGAUGAGCGUCAAAUUUAAGUAGAAAAAAAGAUGAAAAAUCAAAUCGCGUAGAAAAAUUAUUUUAUCCUUAAUUUCCUAUUAUUUUAUAUUAUAGACUACUUAGACAUUAGUCGUUUUUGUUCGACUAUAAAAAAUAUAUCUUUCUAAAGAAGCAUGACAUUCUUCAAAAUUUAAAAAAAUUAUAUAGUUUGAUGAGAGCUUUAACUAUACUAAAAAAAAUAUAAAAUCGGUCAAAUGCUGGAAAUUUACUUUAUAAAUGCGACC